UUAGUUAGUUUGGAACACAUAUCGAAGGAUUUCGACUCUGUUCGGUUCGGGUGCUUCUUCCCCAAGACUCUAUUUCUCCACACCGCUCGUUUCGCCACUUUUCUUCCAUCUAGGAAUCGAAUCCUCAAGGAGAAAGAGAUGGCGGUCUUAGCAGAUAUUCUACCGGUGGUUUCGAGAAGCUCAGCUCUCGCGCUGAAACUCUACGGUAUUGCUGCUGAGUCACCUGGGUCAACGAAAGAUUUAGUUGGCGUUGCGAAUAGCAUAAAUGGAUUUGCUGCAAUACUGAAGCAGUUGGGGACCAUUAUCAAAGAAGAUGAUCGUCUACCAUCACCUGAGGCUAUCGAUACUCUGGACGACGUCAUCGAUCAAGCCCAAAUAUUACUUACCAGCUUUGAAUCGACUUCAUCAAUCGAGGAUGAGAAGCAUCGCGAUCAAAGAGACAUUUCCCGCUCUACUCAAAAAAUUCGGUCUCAGUUAGAUCCUUCAACCAAGGCUAGCUUGGACUAUCUCACUGCUCACCUGGAAGCCCUGAGCAUGACGCUCUCUGUCCUGCUCCAGACGCUCUACGCAGCGCAGACUAUAAUGUGGUCAAAGUUAGUUCUGUCCCCUACAAGGCAUCUAGCCUUCAUCAGACUGCUACGAAUGGCUCAGAUUCCUUCCAUGGAGUACGCUGACAGCGCCAUAGAUGAAAGGAUCCAACUGGAAACGUUGAUUGUUCAACAACAGUUGUCAAUUUUAUCAGCCUCGAACCUCUACGAAAAUUUGUCUCAAUCUGAUGCGCGUCUGUUGUUGAUGGAAGGAGACAGUUCUCAGAGUUUGAUCGUCACUGGGCGGGGCAAAACCCCUAGGUCAUCUACCCUACGUUCGUAUCAGGAUGAAGAUUUGACAAGUCUCGACACAUCAAUAUAUACUGAAGCGAACGGAUUACCAGCAGUUCUGACUGCAUCGUCUUCACGUGUCGAACGCUUGUUGCAGCGAUGGACAAGCCUCCCUCUCUUUGAACGCCGCUUACAAGACGAAGAGCGCGAAAGGCAGAGGCAAAGAUGGGAAACUCAACAAGCCACUGUGGAAUCUGAUAGCGAAGAGGAAAGUCGCACGUCAAAGCUGUCAGGCGACGGUGCUCGCCGAACGCAUAGGUCAGGAAGCAUACAGCCACUAUUUACUGAGGUCAAUGGCACGCCCAGUCCGCCACAGGAGAAGCAGUACGGUCCCACCACGCCGCCAACACCCAUCGCUACACCACGUACGUCACGAACAAGUAUGCCACCAGCUACCAAUGAGCAGUACCCAACUGCAUCACCCCGAUCGAGUUUGGGAAGUUUGCCGGUCGAGGCAGCCGCCGCGGUAGAAGCCAAAGAGGAAGACAGCGAAGCCGAUCUAGAAAUUCCGUGGAAGUUGUGUACGCGUAAAUACUACUGGCGAUUUGUUGAUGCUAAAAUGGUCAGCUCAAACACUGACCAGGCAUACUCUCUGGCGUAUUUGGAGCGUAGCAGCUGGACUGAGAUUAUGGCGAGUUGGGUAUGCAAGGAAGCAAUCAGAGAGGCGGGUUUCAGAUAUACAUCUUACCAAAAGGAGCGGAAGGACAACAGGAGGAUAAGGGGCGAAACAUGUUUCUGUAUCGAACGGCCACUACAGUUUGAACAGGUCAAGCGUCUUGUCGAACGGACAGUUGACAUAUACCGAAAGGCAGCAGCACCUACUCCACUUCAGCAGCCACAAGUUAGGAGAUCGUCUUUUAAUCGUCCCCCACCGCCACAUGGUAUUCUGAAAGGAGGCGCAUUCGAUCGAAACCGAACACCAGUGCCUCGGAGCACACACCCCCCGCUUGACCGCUCGAACACCUCAAAUCACCUCCCGCCACCACCUGGGCCACCCCCACUAGAUCGAUCACUCUCAAUGCCUGGACCCGGGCUCAUUCCACCACCACCACCACCACCCCAGUCAAACCUCAACUCUCGGACUCCAAACCUCCAGAUACCAAUGUCAAACCAGUACGCCCCUCAGCAACCGCCAGUUCCUCAGUCUUCACGACUGCCUCAAUACCCACCACAAACCAACAGCUACCCACCGCAAAUGAUGAACACAACAGCAACACCUCAAUACUUCCCACCACCACCACCGGCCAAUGCCCCUUUCACAAACCCACCUUUACCCUCACAUUCACAGCCUCAAAACCAGAAUUACCCCAUACAAGCGUCUCCUCUCCGCCAAUCCUACAUGCGUCCAAGCAACCGACGGUACGAAGAUGACUUCACAACAUCCGAGUCUGAACCCGAACGCCCUAGACGACGUAGGUCAAAGUCGAGGAGUAGAAUGUAUGAGAAAGAGCGGGAAAGGGAGAGAGACAAGUAUGGAAAGAAGAGUCAUACAGGAAGGAAGGCGGCGGCGGGCGCCCUAUUGGGUGUUGGUGGGCUGACGGCGUUGUUGGAUGGACUGAGUGGGCUGUAA